AUGGCUGGAGGCGCAAUCAUUCUACCAUCUGCAUCCAAUCGCAAAUAUCUUAAAGGUCGUCAGCUUAUUUUUCCUCUGGGUCUAGCCAGUUCAUUGUUCUUUCUUUGGGGUUUCUCAUAUGGUCUUCUCGAUGUCUUAAAUAAACAUUUUCAAAAUGUACUCAAAAUUACAAAGCUUGAAUCGACUGGAUUACAAAUUGUCUAUUUUGGUGGUGGUUACUUUUGCUUCUCACCGAUUGCUGCCGAAUCGCUCAAACGUAAAGGUUACAAGAUUACAAUUAUCAUAGGUUUGGCACUGUUCGCCUUAGCUGCUAUUUUUUUCUGGCCAACUGCUCAUUUUUCUAAUCCAACUAAAGGGAAACAAGCUUUUGGAGGAUUUAUCGUUUGCACAUUUGCCAUUUCUUGUGGUCUUGGUACAUUAGAAACGGCAGCGAAUUCGUACACUGCGGUUAUUGGUGAUCCACAAUUGGCUGCUAUACGUUUACAAUUUUGUGCAUCAUGGAAUGGAGUAGCAUCAUUUAUCGGUCCACUCAUUGCCUCUAAACUAUUCUUCUCCGCUGAACAUGCUACUAAUCUUGCACAAUUUUGCUAUGUUGGUGCUCAGGUCCCAAUUGCCUCCUUUUUUAUCAACUAUGCUACUGAAAAUGCUGAUUUUACGGAUUCUCAAGCAUCAAAACUUUUAUCCUAUGCUCUCAUUACAUUCACUGUUGGCCGCUUUCUUGGUACUGUACUAUCUCAUUUCUUUCAAGCUGAUUUUAUUCUCCUCAUAUAUUCUACAAUUAGUAUUGCCCUUACAAUUUACGUAUCUAUUGGUUAUGGUCGUUCUGCUGUCAUUGUUCUUAUGUCAAUAUAUUUCUUUGAAUCACUUAUGUUUCCAACUAUAUUUGCUAUGGGAACAGCUAAUCUCGGUCGUCAUACUCGUCGUGGAGCUGGUAUUCUUAUUAUGGGAGUCUCCAGUGAUGCUGUCUUUCCUCCAAUUCAAUGUGUUAUAGCUGAUGCACAUUCUACUCGUAUCUCAUUUCUGGUGCCAAUGAUUGAUUUUAUUGUUGUUUUAGCUUAUGCACUCUUUCAUUGGAUCAAACAUGGCUUUAAAGUGAGAUGUGUGCGUUCAACUGUCAAUAACAUUAUCGACGUUCAACCUAAAUUAUCACGUGUAUCGCAACCUACAGAGAUAGUAAAUCAUAUUUUGAGAUCAACACUGAUUUCUCCAGUACCUAAAACAUAUGUUAGAGAAUAUACGAAUGGAACUGUUAUCACAACAGAGUAUUUCUAA